AUGUACGAGAGUAGUAAAAGCCACUAUCUUAUAUCUUUCUGCAGAACAUCUCUGCAAGGAUAUCAAUGGACUCAUGGGGCGGGACAAGAAAUCCUGGAGCUUAGCACGCUAGGAGAGAGAUACUUUUCGAGAGGAAAAAUGUCAUGCAUGACACUUGCCGGGGUCGUUUCCCUGAUCAGAUCAUUUCCUGAAAUUCGAGACACUGAUCGAACCUUUGCCUACGCAAAUGCCCUUUUCCAACACUACAGCGUCUUUUCAGCCCUGAUUUUCAAGCGUAAGCCGUGGCACGAUGGAUGGACCCGAGGGGAUGGAAUUGUGAACGGCAAAGCAAGCACGUGA